AUGAGUGCAGAAGAGAUGGAGACUCUUCUGUUUUUUGUUGGCCCAGACCUCACCAAGCAGACGACCAACUACAGGACCCCAAUAGAGCCUAAGCAAAGACUAGCUGUCACUCUAAGGACCACUCUAUCUCAAGGCCCCAGAGGUCAGGCUCAGGUGCCAGAAGCCAGACUCUUCCCAGGGCCAGCUCAGCCACCAGAAGGUCAGAGGAGACCCAGGGGGCCAGAGGAGAACGGGGGGGCCCUGGUCAACAUGGAACUUCUUGGGUUGCCUAACAUUGGCAACACUUGCUUCCUAAACGCCACCCUGCAGUGCCUCCUGGUCCUGCCUUCCUUCUCAAAGGAAAUCCUACGCCAGGAACAACUCUGGAGCUCCUCCCCCUUCUCCAACCUGCUCAGGUGUCUGUCUGAUGUGCACCGUUCGGGUCUACCUGACAGUGGCGCAAACCAGGCCUCAAAAGCAGACCUCAUGUGGAAGGUCAAGUACUCCUUGUCGGGAUAUGAUUUGAAGUAUCUGGGGGACACGCAACAGGACGCACACAAGUUACUUGUGAAUAUGCUGUGCCAGCUGAAGGAGGAGGGCAUGAUUCUGAAGACACUCGGGGUGAACUAUACCUGCCCUGUUUCCCAGCUGGAGUUCCAGCUUGUCUCAGUGCGCACAUGUACCAGCUGUGGGCGCGAGUCGUCCACCAAAGAGGACUACAAUCACCUCUCAUUGGACUUCAGCUCUGAGCGCACCUUGCUAAGCAGCCUUGCACUCACUUUCAAAAGAGAAAAGGUUGAAUUCACAUGUGCAGGCUGCAAGGGCCUCCACGCCUCAAAGGUGGAGCAGUUCCACACACUGCCUCUUGUGCUGGUUCUGCAUCUGAAGAGGUUUGGAGGACCUGGGGGGUUGGAGAAGCUGGAGGCUCCUCUUUUGUUUCCUUCGGAGCUGAGGCUCUCCACCUUCUGUGGGGACACGGUGCAACCCUUGCACAGUGCCACCCCACAGGCCUUCACCAACCAGACCCCCAAUAUCCAGGUGUCCAUCCACCAGACCCUCGCCAGCCAAGUCUCCAACCCACCUGGAGAGGCCAAAGAUAGCCCCCUCUGCUGUUCAGAUUCAAAUGACCAGGAACCAGGGAAAAUGCUGUGGACAGCCUCAGUGAAGCAGCCAGUGAAGUCAGUGAAUGGCUACUACCAGCUGACUGGCGUAGUCUCUCAUUUGGGAGGCUCCGCAAACUCUGGGCACUACAUUAGUGACAUCUUGAAUGCAAGUGGAAACUGGUUCUGCUGUAACGACAGCCAAGUGUCAAUGUCCAAUGAAGCCACUGUGCUGAGGACCAGAGCCUGGAGUGCUUACCUGCUCUUCUAUAUGUUCAAGCCUGUAUCUGUGUAG